CUUAUCACACGGCGUUUUUGGCUUCUCUCCUGAAAUUUGCGACAAUCCGCACUUUUCCCCUGAUUCCCGACUUGUCGCUGACCCAGCAAAUCCAACUCAGACCGACAAGAAAAAUGGCGGAUAUCCAGAUCGGUUCCAGCGCCUGGCGCCUCGUUGAGGUUGGCCGUGUCCUCAAGCUCGAGGGCGGCAGCCUCGCGACCAUCGUCGAGAUCGUCGACCACAAGCGCGUCCUUGUCGAUGGCCCCUCGUCCGACCCCAAGCUCGCUGCCCCCCGCGGCGUCGUUUCCCUCGCCAAGACCCUUCUCACCCCCCUCGUCAUCGAGAAGCUUCCCCGUGGUGCCCGCACUGGUGCCGUCAAGAAGGCCUGGGAGGCCGCUGGCAUCGAUGCCAAGUGGAAGGAGAGCAACUGGGCCAAGAAGCAGCUCCAGCAGGAGCGCCGCAAGGCCCUCACCGACUUCGACCGCUUCAAGGUUAUGCGCCUCAAGAAGCAGCGCCGCUUCGAGGAGCGCAAGGCUCUCGCCAAGAUCAAGGCCUCUGCUUAAUUGAUUUGGGAUGAUUAGAUUUGGGAGCGUUUGGUCGGCAUGGUUCUUGGGUGGAGGGUUUUUCGAAACGGUCUGCAUGAACAACAUCAGCAUCAGGGUUGCUGGGAUACCUCUCUGCGUCGCAUUCGGAAGACCUCUUUUGUCACAUCAUCAGGGUGGCUCGCGGCGUCAUAGGGAAAAUGCGAAUUAAGCCAAAAAUGACACCAAGGUCUAUACCCCUAAAAACCACCAUUUCUUGGGUUUAUCUGAGGAGCUGGAAUCAAUCAAAGCAAGCUGUGAUGAACAUAUCCGAGCUCCAGACAGGGAAGACCAGAUUGUGACCAUUGCGCUCCGGUGACUUCGGAUCUGGUGUGAAGUGAUGGUAUGGUUUGACUACGCGUCUGGCGCGGUUGGGACGGGCGACUCGUGGCAGCAGAGGUGGAUGGAAUGGACAGACAAGGGAUACAACAACUUCUUGGUCACGGUUGGUUCCUGUUCGGCUGGCUGUGGGUUGUGGCACGCUAUCCGCACGUGAAGCUGUAUGUUGACGUUCUGACAUUCACAUAAAGAUAUGGGACUUGACAUCAUAGUAGCACUCCAUCCCAUGUCACGUUUGCUAAAGGGUAAUCAUGGCAUGCCAUUGUUAACAACAGACAUUUCGAAUUACUUCAUGAACUUUUUACC